CCUUCCCGCUGUUGUGUUGGUGCUGACAUUACUGCCAAGAGAGCCCUCGAUCCGCAUCGCGACGUCCGCAACUCCGCAGUGUAGCAUAUUUAUACAUCAGGCUGUUCUCGGCUGAGCGCGCGUGGACGAGAUGUCGUUGAUCAGGACGCUGUGGAGGUGCACGUUCAGUCCGCGGCUUUUCAAGAUUUACGAGGUAACGUGGAUCGGUCUGGUUGACAAGUCGUACGAGGCGAGGAGCCUGGAGCGAUGGGGCGACAACAUCGUCAUCUCCUUCGCGGCGAUGUGGUCCAUAAGCCUCUACGCCGUGCCGGUCAUCGCCAUGUUCGCCAUAUACCAGCGCGGCUACUUGACAGACGUCACCUACCUGAGCAAACUGGCGGCCGGCGCCGGCGCGCUCCUCGUCGCGUCGCUGGCCACACGCGGCUACUGCAGGGUUAACAAUCCGGUGUACGUCAAGUUCGUGGAGACCCUGAACGAGGCGCAGUUGCAUUACAACGCCAGCACGAAGCAGGAGCUGCACAAGUACGACUUCGAUUUCUGGGCAUGGCCCGUGGAUUUCGAUGUGUCGGAGCUGAGAAGCGACACUGCGGACAGAUUGACGCUAGAAAAGAUCGCGAAGGCCAGUGGGCGACUGAGGCGACAGAACGGCAAAGAAUUUUUAUUUGCCGUACCGUGUAAAUUACUUUCUUACAUGGUGGCGCACACCUUGGCGGGUAAACUGAUUUAUCCCGGCAGUAUGACUUUCAUCCGCCUGAUACACGGCUCCGCGCUGAUGAAUGGAAGGAUAGACUUGAUAAAACAAGGCGGAGAGAGAUUCAAAUUGAUGACCGCUGAUAAGAAUCAGAUUGACGCGAUGUUUGUCGAUCGGCGUAACAAGAGCGCCAAUGGCCAGGUAUUGGUUGUAACUUGCGAAGGCAACUGUGGGUUCUACGAGAUGGGCAUCAUAGCCACUCCGCUGAACAAGGGCUACUCGGUGCUGGGCUGGAAUCAUCCGGGAUUCGCUGGCAGUACCGGCGCGCCAUAUCCAGAUCAAGAGGAGAACGCCAUUGAUUGUAUAAUGCGCUUUGCGAUCGAGCGUCUCAACUUCCCCGAGGAGCGGAUCAUCCUGUACGGUUGGAGCAUCGGUGGCUACACCGCCACGUGGGCCGCUAUGAAUUAUCCUUCUAUUCAGAGCUUGGUUUUAGACGCUACUUUCGACGAUAUACUUCCAUUAGCUAUUAAAACAAUGUCACCGUCCUUAGAAGGCUUAGUCCGCAACAUAAUCAGAGAUUACUUCAAUUUAAACAUAGCAGAACAAUUGAAUAGAUAUAACGGGACCGUAUUGUUAGUGAGAAGAACAGAGGACGAGAUCCUCUGUAUACCUAAUAACAGCCUAGCUGGAAAUCGCGGCAAUAUGUUGCUGAUGAAAUUACUUCUCAGACGUUAUCCACAUAUAUUUUCCGAAAGCUCCGAGUCUGGGACGGUUUUGUCGAGGUUCUUGUCCGCUGAGGCGUCCGAGAGAACAUCGAUAUUGUCGACGUUCAGAGUGAAUGAGAAACAUUGUCUAGAAUUGAUAGCAGCUAAUAUACGAAGUAACGACGGGGUGAUAAGUUAUCCGUCUACUCUGGGACAGAAUUGUAAUACUAUGACAAAAUCACAAUUGGUUCUGUUUCUUGCUACAAUGUACAUGAAAGAUCAACCAUCGUCGCACUGCAUGCAACUGUCUGUCGAUCUCUUUCAUCCAGGAUGGGAUCCAGCAUCGGCCGUUGCCGUGAACUAGCUUUCACAAAACUACACUUUGAACAUCGGAACAAGCUUCCCUCAAGCUUUUCUUACUCAUAUAGUAUGUACAUUAUGAACAAAUGAAAGCGAUAAUAACAGUGCAACUUCGUAUUGAGUUUUACCAGCACACGUACACACAGACAUUAUUUAUUUCACAUCAAUCUAUAAUCGAUCUUACAAAUUUUCGUGAAAAAUAUUACAUAGACAUCAUUUUAAACUCAUGAUGAACAUUUUAGUUGUACGGCAAUAGUUUUGCAUUUUUAAAUCCAUUAUACGUAUAUCACCAAGUACUGCUUUGUAUAAAAUUCAUUUGUGUUACAAUAUACAUAUUAAAUUAAAAUAAAAAAUUGAUUUUAUAAUAUAUUGAUAUUAUUUUAAGAAAUAGCUUUUACAAUAGCGUCUAUUAUAUUUUAUUAGUAAUUUAAAAGAAGGUAAAAGUAACUUGCAUUGAAACUCGAAAUGAGUGUAUAUUGUAUAUACACGUUCACACACACGUUGUAAGAUAAUAAAUGUAUUUUUCAUUUCGA